AUGCAAGGCGGAUAUGUUGACGGGUCAAGGAUGGGAACGAGAAGAGUAUGAGCAGAAAGGGCCUUAUGAUGAUGGUUCCUGCAUUUAUUUUGGUUGGGGCAAGUGAGACGAACAUAGGCCUUUAUACAGGCUUGACAUUAUAUGCUCUAGGUUCAUCCAUGAUGGUACCUUGCCUUACUGCAUUAGCUUCAUGCCAUGGCUCAGAAUCACAGAAAGGUACCUUACUGGGAAUCUGGAGGUCUUUGGGUGCUCUUGCCAGAGUUAUUGGACCAGUUGUUACAUCCGUUGGGUUUUGGUGUUUGGGUGCAGAGAUGUGCUAUAUUUUUGGCGGAAUACUUAUGAUUGCACCACUGGUGGUGUUACACUCUUACUAAGCUUCCAUAUUGCAUGUGUCCAGUAUGGUAGUAAAUUUUGUCUUUCAGUGGACAAUACAGACCAAUCUGAAGCACAGUUACUUAACCUAAUCACUCUGUGACUAUUUGUGAUACUUUUUAAAUUAUGAAAGUUGUAGAUUUAUAAUAAUAAACAUCAUUUAUAUUUA